AUGCCCCACGAGUCCCAGGUCAAUGGAUACAACUACCCAGAAGGCGGGCUGCGGGCCAACCUCGUCGUGGCUGGAAGUUUCAGCUCGAUAAUGGGCGGACUGGGACUGAUGAACAGCAUCGGCAUCUACCAAGCUUGGAUCUCGGCGCAUCAACUCUCGUCCCUAAGCGCCGGGCAAAUAGGGUGGAUCUUCGGAAUCUAUAACUUCAUGGUCUUCUUCUGCGGUAUCCAGAUCGGCCCUGUUUUCGAUUCGCGCGGCCCACUGCUGCUAAUGUGCAUCGGGUCUGCAUUGCUCAUCAUAACCUUCAUCUGCAUUGGCUUUUGCACAAUAUACUGGCAUUUCCUCGUUGUCAUAGGGAUUCUAGGUGGAAUGGGCACCAGCUUCAUGUUCAUUGUCCCCGUGGCGUGCAUCGGUCAUUACUUUUGCCGCAGACGCGGCGCGGCAACGGGGCUGGCGUUAUCCGGGGGCAGUAUUGGGGGUGUGAUAUUUCCGCUGGUACUCGAGACGCUGGCACCGAGAAUUGGAUUCGCGUGGGCGACUCGAGUAAUCGGCCUGAUUACGCUCGUCCUCUUGAUCCCGGGCGUGUUGCUCGUCCGCGCGAAUCUCCCACCUAAACCGCCGUCGGCCAAGGUGUUUUUGCCGGACCUUUCAAUCCUGAAGGAGCCUGUUUUAGCUCUAACGACCAUGGGCGUGUUCUUUAUUGAAUGGGGGUUCUUCAUCCCGCUUGAGUAUAUCGCUUCUUACUCCCUGCAAACUGGCAUUGACCGCCGAACAGCAUACCUGAUGGUCGUCUUCCUGAACGCAGGCUCAUUCCCUGGUCGUUGGCUGCCUGGUAUUGUAGCAGACAAGAUCGGACGAUUCAACACACUGCUGUUAACCAACAUCGUAUGCCUGGUCUCUGUGCUGGCCGUCUGGAUGCCGGCAGCCGGCAACAUUGCCGCAGUCAUUAUAUUCUCGGUGGUAUUUGGUUUCGCGAGCGGGAGCAACAUUAGCCUCGUACCUGUAUGCGUCGGUGAAUUGUGUCCGGUUGAGAAUUAUGGUCGGUACUAUACAACUGUUUAUACCAUUGUUAGCUUUGGGGCUUUGACCGGGGUCCCCAUUGCAGGGGAAAUUCUUCACCGCUGUAAUGGACAAUACUGGGGACUGAUUUCUUUUGCGGGGUGUGCAUAUGCGGCUGGAAUCGUAUGCUUUUCGAUUGCUGUGUGGGUUGGGGGGAGACAGAACGUUCGCAGCACGGCCAAAACCAGCUUUGAGACUAGAGACGACCUGAUGACCUUAUCCUGA